AUGUACGCCCUUAGAAACAUCGCCCGCUCUGCGCCGCAGUCAGCUGCACGCUUCUCCGCCAGAGCUAUCCGACCGCAACCAUCCCUACUUCGAAGUGCAGCUCUCAAGCCUUCAGUGUCACAAUUCACUCCCCGCCUCACAGCUUCAUUCCACAUCUCAGCAGUGCGGAAGCAGGAGUCUGAAGUCAAGGAGGAGCUCGUCGCAAAACUCCAGAAUGAAAUCUCUUUGGAGCAAGACAUGAAGGACGAUGAUGAACUUUCCGCGAAUAUUCGCGAGUAUCUCGAUAACAGUGCUUUCAAGCUGGAAGAUAAACCUGGUCACCAGGAAGUCGUCUUGACCCGAAAAUUCGGCGAUGAGACCAUCCGUGUGACUUUCACCACCGCCGAUUUGAACAGCCCAUCCAGCGAGGAGCUGGGCGAGUCUGGCGCGUACGAAAACGAGAUGGACGAUUUGGACGGACAAUCUGGUGGUGCCAACACCAAGGGAGCCAUCAACCAGGGCAACACACAAAACGGUAACAUCCGUGUUGCGCCCGAAGAUCAAGUAUCUCCGGCCGACCGCGGAGAGUUGGCUGAGGAGUUCGACGAAGAGGGCAACGAGGCAAGCUAUCCCGCACACAUGAACAUUCGCAUCGACAGGCCCGGCAAGGGCGCCCUCGCUAUUGAUGCCACAGCUCAGGAUGGAGACAUCCUUAUCGAGGAUCUCUGGUACUUCCCUUCUGCCGAGCUCGCUGACCCAGUCUCCGCGGAGAAGGACUGGCAAAGGCGGACUUUGUACACUGGACCUCCUUUCAACAACUUGGACGAGGACUUGCAAAUCCUUCUGGAGAAGUAUCUUGAGGAGCGCGGUGUGAACACGAGGAUGGCUCUCUUCGUGCCAGACUACAUUGACCACAAGGAGCAGAAGGAGUACAUCAGCUGGCUACAGAAUGUCAAGAAGUUCAUCCAGUAG